AUGCUUCUGAACCUCAGAAGCUUUACAUACCGCUCAUUUAGCAGUGUAGAAAUCGAAAACGCCAAAUGGCCUAAAAAGCUCGGAAUAGAAGAGGGAGCUAUGCAUUCAGGAUUGAUUAUAGUUUCAUGUGUCGUGGGUAGUGAACCACAAUUACACUCCUUUUCUACCAGUGAAGGGCUUAAACAGACUUCGUCACCGACUUUGCCAAAAGGCUUCUUCAUACAUUCAAUCAGUAUCGACAAGAAUGAUAUUUAUAUAGCUGGAUGCAGCAAAAAUGCAGAAUACCCUUGGGUGAUCCAUGUCUGGAAUCGUGAAACACUUGGCAAAGUCACACAAGUUACUGUGCCAACACUUUUUGAAAAUCUAGAUGUUCCCGACGAGUGGAUUGAGCAAAUGGUUGUACAAAACAACCCUCUUGUUGCGGUGACAGCUGCUGGGCGUCUUUUCUACUGGAAUAACUUUAAAAUUUUGCCAGAUCAGAUUCGAGCGCUUACUGAUGAUCAAACAUUCGAUGAGAGGCAUAUUGACACGAUAUAUCUGAAUCACAAUUGCAAUAGAGCAGUUGUGAUGUCAUUGAUGGGUGGUAGCGAAGUAGCGAUGGUUUUAGACGGCGAACUUUCGCUCGACCCCGCGUACUGCUCCAAACAGAAAGAAAAUAGCGAGCAUAAAGGUUACUAUCUUCGAGUAUCUACAGAUUGUCAAACAGCAGUUCGUAUCACACAGGCCGAUCAUUCCAAUCACAUAAAACCUCCUCAGCUCGACAUAUAUACCCUCUCAGAUAGCGAGCCUUUGUUCGGAAUUGAACCUCUAAGCGAAUCUCUAAAUGCUGAAUUUGGCCCGUUCACAGAUAUAUGGAUCAAUAAAUAUUCUCUGGUAUAUUUUGGUGCAGAUAGUGUUGUUCAAGUCAGAUGUGAUAAUGACUCUAAAGAGACAGACGAGAACGAUGACGCGGUUACUAGCAGUCACUACGUUAUGAUGAAAGAGGUACAGGAUGUACCUACUUCCGCUGCAGCGAUCAUCCAUGAAUUGAAGAGUCCUGGUUCAAUAAAACAGGCGACGAAACCCAGAAAAGAUGAUUGUCUUUACCGACAUCAGACAAGAUAUCGAUGA